CAUCUACAGAUCUGCUUUUAAUUUUAAUCACAUCCGCAUCGAUGAAGGGGACGAGGACGACGGAUCGACUCGGCCCAGUUCAAAAUCGAUAUCGGUUUUGUUUUCAUGUUUACUGUUCCCUUCUGACAGUUUUCCAGUUUUGACAGAUUUGCUUAUAUUUUUUUCCCCGAAAAUUUAAUAUUUUAAAUCUCCUGAUGAAAUGGUCCGCCGUAGGAUUCGCCACUAAUAAACAAAUGGGAAAUGUUUUGGCCUGUUUUUACACCAAAAGUUGGCUUAGCGUUUUAAAUAAGGCGUUUGCCAUUUGGUAUGCAUUGCCCAAGAUGAUUGUCAUCCCGAAGAACACAGGACAGUCAAAAAUGCUCUUGUUCCGAGUAUAACGUGCUUAUCACCCCAUUCAAAUAUGGAUGAUAAUAUAAAUGGGUCGGAGAAACUUGAAGAACGUACGUGUGAAAGUACAAACUGUACUGUCGGCGAUGGAAAUAUGGUGAAAACUGACACUUUAAAUCAUGACAAAUAUAAAAUACUUUCAACUGAUGAUACUCAGAUGGAAGAAUCUGUUGACUGUGUGAAGUCUGAAGAAUCAGAACAAAUAUUAAUAAGUAAAAAUACAUCUGCACACAUAAUAAAUGACAGAAACAGUGACAGUCGUGACAGUAUAACUGAAAAAAAUUGCAUGAGCUUGGAAUUGACAAUGAAAAAUAACGAAGACUGUACAGAGGAUAAAUCUUUUUUGAAAACAUCUGUAAAUCAAUCAUCAAUUAAGUUGAAAGAUGAUAGUAAUAUUAAGGCUGAAAGUAUGGAAGGGACAGAAGAAUCAGAUUUAAAAAGUCUUGAUGAUGGUGCAGAGUAUAAUACAAAAUCUUCAGAAACUUCAUGUAAAAAAGGUUUAAAUGAUGAAGAUAAAGUAAUUAGAGCUGCAGAUGGAGAAACAAACGAAGAGGAAGAUGGUGUGACUGAUAAAAAAUUGAAUUGUUUCAGAUGUGGUGUUAAAUACCCAAAUCAUUCUGAAUUAUACACCCAUGUGAGAACUCAUUAUGGAAAAAAAGUCUACGUCUGUAAUUACAAAUGUGGUGAUGCUAUGAAUGUUACUGAACAUUUGGAAAUGCAUACGGAAAUUGCUAUUGGUGCAUCAAAGAAUAGGAAAUUUGUAUGUAUGGAGUGUGGUUAUGUAUGUCAAGCAUCGCACAACAUGAUAGUUCACAUGAGAUGUCAUACAGGCAGAAAGCCUUUUAAAUGUUCCAUCUGUGAGUACAGCUGUAAAACAAGAUUCUGUCUAAAAAGGCAUGAACAGAUCCACGAUAGAGACAAUCAUCGCAGAUCUGAUGAGGGUCUGGAUCAAAAUAUGGAAGCUGUAAAGCCUUACAGAUGUUCACUGUGCAGUUUUUCUAGUUCUAGGAAAAAUUCUCUCAAAUCGCACUUUUUAUCGCAUGGAUUGCGAGAUCCGACGAACAUUUAUGGAAACAAAACCCCAAAAAGGGGUAAGAAAAAAAAGAGGUUUGCUUGCAAAGAAUGCGACUAUGUUUGUGCAAAUGAAAGUACCUUGGUUAUACAUAUACGAACACACACUGGUGAAAAGCCAUUCGCUUGUGAUCUUUGCAGUUACAGAGGGUCGACAAUUUUUAUAUUAAGGCGCCACAGGAGAAUCCAUACAGGUGAAAGACCUUUUGCUUGUGAUGGGUGCGAUUAUACUUGCACCGAUGCUAACAGCUUAAAACUCCAUAGAAGAACACACACAGGAGAGAAGCCAUUUUCUUGUAAAUUGUGUGAUUACAAAUCUGCCAGGUCUACGUCGUUGAAAAUCCACAUGAGAACACACACUGGAGAGAAACCGUACGGCUGUACAUUUUGCGAUUACAGAAGUGCAAACCGGAGUGGCUUGAGGUCACACAUGAUGUCGCAUACAGGAGAAAAACCAUUUUCCUGCGAUGUCUGUGAUUACAAGUGUUCUUCAUCAGGCUCUUUGAAACGUCACGCCAACAUACACCUUCAAGAAGCUCCAUCUACCUGUGCCAUUUGUGGCUUCGUCUGCCCAUCGUACAAUAGCCUCAGAAGGCACAUGAAGAACCAUGUAACAGAAAAGUUGCCUUUAGUCUGUCCUGAGUUUGAGUGUGAAUUUACCAGUUUUAAUUUGUUUGACAUGAAAAAGCAUUUGAAAACUCAUCAGAACAGCGGAAGUCUCGCUUGUCACAUAUGUGGUCUUGUUUGUCAACAUGCCUCGGCUCUGAGCGAUCACUUGCAAAGGGUUCAUUCUUUCCCCACUGAAAUCAUUCCACGUCGGAUGGUGCUAGAAUGCGACAAAUGCAAUUUUAAAACUCUCAGCGAAGGAGACCUGAGAACUCACAUAAUGCACCAUAUCAGUGAAAAAUCAUUUGCUUCUAUUUUAAAACCAGAAAUAAAACUAGAAGUCGACCCUUAACUCACCAUUACAAUUUGUUUUAGCUCACACUAAUAUCAAAACAAUUAUAAAGUAAUGAUUUUUUUUAAAUUUCAGUUUUUACUUGUAAAUAAAUUUAUGAAAUGUAAAUUAGAAGAAUUUGCUUGUUUUUUGUUUUGUUUUUUAAUUUUUAAAACUUUUAGCUCUUUUACUCUUUUGUUCACACAAGCUUAAUAUUUUGUCUAAGUCAUUGUGCAACAAGUUAGGUGACACUCAUUUCCCUGGAGUACAAAUUUUAUUUAUAUUGUUGUUUUAUAACUGUUAAUAAUAAAAAUAGAAAAAUAUAUUUUAA